AUGACUAUCCCAGUAACUGCCUACAAGGGCUCUUCGGGCGGUCAGAUCGUCGAAUGGAAGACCGAGAAAGACACCAAUCUCACCGGAGACCAAGUGCUUAUCCAGGUCACGCAUUCCGGCGUGUGCUUCACCGAUGUCCACUAUAUGCAAGCUGACAUGGUCCUUGGCCAUGAAGGUGCCGGUGUUGUGCUCGCUGUCGGUCCAGAAGCGAAGACGCUCCGUGUUGGCGACAGCGUCGGCUGGGGUUACGAGCACGACUGCUGCGGCCACUGCCGCGAGUGCCUGACCGGGUGGGAAACCCUCUGCUCGGAGCGCAAGUUUUACGCCGAAUCGGAUUUCGAUCAGGGCUCCUUUGCCACCCAUGCAGUCUGGCGCGAGGCUUUUGUAUUCAAGAUUCCCACUGGGCUGGAUCGCGCUGAUGCCGCCCCGCUGAUGUGCGGUGGCUCGACUGCCUGGAAUGGCUUGCGCGCCGCUGGGGUCACCCCAACCUCCCGCGUGGGCAUCAUCGGUAUUGGUGGCUUGGGCCAUUUCGCGAUUCAGUUUGCCGCCAAGAUGGGAUGUCAGGUGGUGGCGUUCUCCCGCUCUAACGACAAGAGAGAGGAAGCGCUGGCUCUCGGUGCACGAGAAUACUACGCCACCAAGGACGGACAGAAACUCGACAUUGGACAGCCCCUCGACCAACUCAUUGUCACGACCAGCGUGCAGCCAAACUGGGAGCAAUUUGUCCCCAUCAUGGCCCCCGGUGGUACCAUUGUUCCGAUCUCCAUCGACAUGCAAAAUCUCAUCAUCCCCUAUCUUCCCGUCGUGGUUCGCGGACUCCGGAUCCAGGGCGCAAUCAUGUCCUCGCGUCAGGUCCACCGGGAGAUGUUGGACUUUGCCGCCCUUCACGGGAUCAAACCCGUGCGGAUGAACUUUCCAUUGAACAAGGAUGGUGUGGAGGAGGCACUGAGGAUCUUGAAAUCGGGGGGCAUGAAAUACCGUGGAGUUCUGGUAGCUGAGCAGUGA